AUGAAAGACUCGGAUUCUCGUCUUGUCAUCAUCUACUCUGUUUCCGCCCUCGGGCUUUGCUUCCUCUUCCUAUGUCUUCGAUUCCGGUCCUGGCUAUCACGACUAGCAUCCGUCGUCCGAGCUCCGCUUCUCAGAUACCUCGUCUACCCGACCAUCUACGCCGAGUGGAGCUGGGCGGAUGUCUUGGGCUCGGCAGCCUACCUCGCGUCGAACAUCCUCUGUCUCUGGUUCCAGUGCCCCUCACUCUCCGAUGCUGGGCGACGCGCGGGUUAUCUGUCUCUCAUCACUAUGGUCUUCCCAUUGUCGGCGUGGCAUCUUGACUCGCUCACCAGCUUACUUGGUCUUCGAUGGCGCUCGGUCCGUCGUUUGCACGGCUUGACGGGCGUGAUGGCUUCGUUGCUGCUCUUGUUCCACGCCAUCACUGCUCAGAUGUCUUCUACAUCGUUCUCGUUGGAUGCGGCUGACAAUAGAGGGGCGGUCAGGGCGGCGUCAGCCAUCGGAGGUCUUGUCCUCCUCUCUAUCCCAGUCUUCAAAGACAACCUCUUCGAAAUAUUCAUCCGCCUCCACCAAGGCAUGGCGGUAUUGUCUAUAUACGGGAUUUGGGAGCAUCUGGCUCCGCAACCGGUCUUUGCGCGCCUGUUGCUCUACGUUUCGAUUGGCGCAUCCGGUCUAUCUCUGCUACUGCUUUCGGGCUUGGUCGUCUAUCGCAACGACUUCCCCUUUCACGGCUUCCCUCGGGCAUCAAUCAGCAGCUCCGGCGACGUCGUCAUUAUUGAAUUGAGACUGUCACGCCCUGUCUUCAUCGACGCCGGACAGUCUAUAUCUCUGUGGAUGCUCACUCCCUCAGCGAGGCUUCGGUCCAUGUGGCAAACCCACCCAUUUGUGGUCGCGUCGUGGUCGGCCUCGCCCGUCGACACGCUUCAUUUGUUGGUCGAGCCCCGCUCGGGGUUGACCCAAAAACUCCUCCACUUCAGCAAAUCGCAAAAGUCGCAGAAGGCUUGUCCCGCCCUUUUUGGUGGCCCACACGGCAUGAGCAUCCCGGUCACCGACUACGACGUUGUGCCCAUGGUUGCCAGCGGUUACGGGAUCGCAGCGCAAUUACCUUACCUGAAAAAGCUCAUUUACGAAUUCAACAGUCGCAAGGCCCGCACUCGCCGCAUUCACCUCGUGUGGACACUGGACACCAUCGAACUGGCCGUUGCCAUCAAGGACUUGCUGGAUGGUGCACUGAAGGAGGACACUCUAGAUGACGGAUAUAUCUUGAAGAUUUCGAUAUUCGUCCAGCACAUAUCUCAAGGUCGUGACAUAAGUCCUCGGGCUACGAUCGCCAAGGGCGCUCCUGAUUUCGAUGCGAUCAUUCGGGGGGAAGUCGAAGGGAAGUACAUUCGAAGAGUCCAGGACAACGAGAAGGGAAGGGAAGGCAUGAUGGUCUUGGCAUCGGCCUCGCCUAAGGUAAGACGUACCUUGCGAAAGCUUGUGAGGGGUUAUUUGGGAAGCAAAGUCGACAUGACAGAGUUGGACUACCAACCUAGGCGAUAG